AUGGCCGCCGACACCUCUAAUUCAAACCCUGGCAGCCCAGGGCCGAGCGUUCAGAACGUAGACAUUGACUACGGGCAGCAUUACAGCCACAACUUCAACGAUUCCUCCGCUCAUUUAAUAAUACAACGUCUCCGUCGCGAGCUCGACGACGCCCUCCUACGCAUUGAUCGCGAUACAGACGUCAUCAGUGGCCUUCAUGAUAAGGUUACGAGCCUGGAGGAGCUGGUCAAGAAACAGCAAAUCACUAUCAAUACUCAGAGCAAGACGAUUUCUGAUCCUAGGUCUCUGAGAAAGCAGCAUUCACAGAUUCAGGUGCACGUGCAGUCUCCCAUGGGUAUGGGGCUGUUCCCUAUAACGCCUAGUCACCACCAGCAUCAUGUCCACCAUCAGUAUCAGUGCCCGGGCUCUGGGGCUUCGGGCGCCUCCUGUGGUAGUGGAGUGUGUGUUUUGCAGACCACUCCGUCGCCACUCGACUGCCAGGCCCAGAGCCAGGCUCAGGUUCAUCCUCAGCCGGCGCAUUCGCCUGAAUAUAAUCCUCAGAACGGUACCGUAUUCGAUCAGCCGCCCCCGAAAUUCGAAAUCCCUCCCGGGGCAUAUGCCUCUUUUGCACAGAUUUCCCCUCCUGGUCUUGUUCCGAAUACGGGAAGAACAUCAGAUGUAUUCAGUCCUUUCAGCUCUACUAGCGUUUCCAACGGUGUAGAUCAUACAUCUCCAACAACCGUAUAUGACGCAGCUGAUUGCCAUAAGAGAAUGGCGGAUUUCUCAAACCGAUUUCAGACUCUGAUGCGGAUGUCUGAGAUUUUUGGCCAUGCGCAUGCGAGUCUGCCAAAUGUCUUCAUGGAUAGCCACAUGGACGACCAUGUCAAGGACUACCUCAUGGCAAUAUCGAGGGGAACUAAAGCAUCUGACCUUCUUGGGAACGCGGCGACACGGGGUUUCUUCGUCGCAAAAGCCAUAAACUGGUAUCUAGUCGAGAAAAUCCUCAACGCUUCUGUUACUAGUGGCUUCGACGCGGCUGCUGAUUUAGAAAUCAAUCAGAUUCAAGAGCAAAUGACUUCCAAAACUCCCCUUGUGCGCCACUUAAUGCUAACCGCAGUAGCCACGCACAUAGCAAAGCUCACCAAGAAAUCCGGAUUCACAGAGUACAACCAGCAAAAGAUUUACAACCAUCUUCACACACUCUGGGCAUAUAUUGGGCCUCUCGGACACGACGCAGCCAACCAAAACGGCCCAAUGUGGAAUGACCUUCACGCGAUAGUGUCGGAAGCGCAGUCUCUUGCUAUUGACAUGUACUCCAUGCCUCUGGAGUAUAAGUUCGAGUUCCCUGAACAGAACGAGCCGUUUGAUCCACAUACCAUGAUCAACCGUGAUCCUUGGGUCCUCGCAGACCCGAGUGUUCUACAGAACACUGACACACGGGUACGCCUAGGCAUCACGCCUAUUACACGUAUUCGGGAUAACUCUCAGAGUCCGGGGGAUGUACAAAUGGUGUAUAUGGGCCAUGUGUUGCUGAAGGGACCGAGGAAGCAGAUGCUAUGA